AUGAAGAAAGAUGCUCCUUUCCACUGGGACCAAUCAUGUCGAAAUGCCUUUGAAAGCAUCAAGAGAUACUUGGUGAAUUCGCCUAUAUUAGGGGCACCAACUCUUGGAAAGCUAUUGAUACUGUACAUUGCAUCGCAAGAGCGAUCACUUGGGGCACUUCUUGCUCAAGAGAAUGAAGCUAAGAAGGAACAAGCAUUGUACUAUCUGAGUCGGACCUUGAUAGGAGCUGGGUUGAAUUAUACUCCCAUUGAAAAGAUGUGUUUAGCAUUGCUUUAUGCGAUAAGAAAAUUGAGGCAUUAUUUUGAAGCGUACACUAUCAAGCUAAUUUCUCAGGCUGAUCCUGUAAAGUUCGUAAUGACUCGACCAGUUCUCUCUGGACGUCUAGCAAGAUGGUCUAUAUUGUUUAAUCAAUAUGAGAUCAUUUACACACCUCAAAAGGCUGUGAAGGGGCAAGCACUUGCUAAUUUCCUUGUUGAUCACCCUCUUUCGGGAAAAUGGAAAACUUCAGCUGAGUUCCCUAAUGAAGAUGCAUUUCUUACGGAAGAGCUGCCAUCAUGGACAAUGUUCUUUGAUGGAUCUGCACAUCGAGAUGGUGAAACCUGUUCCAACAAUGCCGCAGAGUACCAAGCUUUGAUUGUGGGCCUUGAAAUGGCAUUAGAUAUGAAGAUUCCUCAAUUGGAUGUCUACGGUGACUCUCAAUUGAUCAUUAAUCAACUAUCGGGGAGUUGCAAGGUAAAGAAGGAAGAUCUUUUGUCAUAUCACCAAUAUGCUACUUUCUUACUUGAAAGGUUUGAUCAAGUGUUCUUAAAUCACGUCCCAAGAGAAGAAAAUCGCAUGGCAGAUGCUUUGGCUAACUUGGCUACAACAAUGUCACUCGGAGAAAAUGAGACAACAAAGGUGCGUGUAUGUCAUCGAUGGGUUAUUCCUGGUCGGCUUGAUCUUCAAAUUGAUGAAAGCCAUCAUAUAUCAGUUCGAGUGGUUGAAGAAGAAGAUUGGAGAAAACCACUGGUUGAGUAUCUUGAACACGGAAGACUGCCUGAGGAUCCACGAAUAAGAGCAGACAUUAAGAGAAGAGCACCACGAUUCAUCUUUCACGAUGGGAUACUAUUUCGUCGUUCUUAUAAGGGACUAUUCUUGUGGUGUCUUGACAAAGAAAAAGCUCAACAAAUAAUGGACGAGGCACAUUCUAGCACAUGUGGAGCACACCAAUCAGGGCCUAAACUUCAUUUCCGCAUCAAGAGGAUGGGCUACUAUUGGCCAACAAUGGUGAUGAACUGCUUAGGGCAUGCAAAAAAGUGUCAAGCGUGUCAAUUCCAUGCUAAUUACAUCCAUCAAUCUCAAGAGGCUUUGCAUCCGACUGUAGCCUCAUGGCCCUUCGAUGCAUGGGGACUUGAUGUUGUUGGACCUCUUCCAAAGUCAUCAAAAGGACAAAUGUAUAUCUUGGCUGCCACUGACUAUUUCUCUAGAUGGGCUGAAGUUGUACCAUUAAAAGAGGUAAAGAAGGAAAAUGUUGUUGAUUUUAUCAAAUCAAACAUAAUUUUUAGAUAUGGCAUACCAAGAUGUAUAGUUACUGAUAAUGGAACACCCUUCAACAAUAAACUCAUGAGUAGCUUGUGCGAGAAGUUCAGUUUUAAGAAACAUAAGGCUUCAAUGUACAAUGCACCUGCCAAUGGUCUUGCUGAAGCUUUUAACAAGACAUUUGGUAACCUGUUGAAGAAAGUAGUUGCAAAGAAUAAAAGGGACUGA